AUUGUUUGUUUAUUCUAGCCGGCUGGUCGGAGCAGGAAAUCCUGCGUUCGGGGAAAGCUUUAAAAUAGUUUCAUGAAGCUGGUUACGAGUGUGUUCAGUGUAUGUAAAGUAACAUGGCUGUGAUCAACAUGAUUAUGUAGGUUAUUUUAGACAAUGAUGAUGGGAAAUCCGAGAUCUGGAAACCGAUUUCGCGUUUUUGCGCAUUUCGUUACCUUUUCUGUACUUUUUAAAUCAUUUCUCGUGUCCGCGGUGGUUUUAAACUCUCUAAAUGUGGACAUGGAUCUUUCUCAUGUGGCCAGAAGAGUUGAUGAAAGGUUUCUGUCUGUGACUAUAGAUGCAAGUCUGAUGGCAGAGGAGAAAUUCAUGUACCUUCUCGGGUCUCCAAAACUAAGGACCCUGGCCAAAGCUUUGACGCCUGCAUUUCUGCGCUUUGGAGGGACUAAACAAGAUUUUAUGAAGUUUAAGCCCCAGAGUGAAUAUUAUAUAAAGAAACGCUACAGUGGCGAUUCUCUUCCUCAUUUAGGACCUGCGUGUGAUAAAUUUGAGCUGCCACCACUGCUGGAGGAAGAGUUGAAGCGAGACUGGGCCGUACAGGUGUUACUCUUAUGGCAGGAGGAUGUGCGGGGAAAAUACGAGCAAAUAACAUUUUCUGAAUACGCAGUGGAUCUGCUUUACUCUUUUGUGAACUGCUCGGGAUUGGAGUUGAUCUUUGGCUUAAAUGCACUUUUACGAACUCCUGACAACGUGUGGAACAGUCAGAACGCCGAGCUGCUGAUAAACUACUGCGAGCGGCAGCAGUACAGGAUGUCCUGGGAGCUGGGAAAUGAGCCCAACAGUUAUGAGAAGAAGGCAGGGAUCAGGGUGAAUGGCUCCCAGCUGGGAGAGGAUUUCCUCCAUCUGCGUAAAAUCCUGCAGAAAUCAGAACUGUACAGUUCCUCGCAUGUGUACGGACCUGAUAUCGGUCAGCCACGAGACCACCGCAAAGACCUCCUGACUGGGUUUUUGGAAAGUGGAGCUAAAGCCAUUGAUGCAUGUACCUGGCACCACUAUUAUGUCAAUGGUAGAGAUGCAUCUUUGGAAGAUUUCCUUGAUCCCAAAGUGCUUGAUAUGCUGGCGGUUAAAACGGACGAGGUCCUCAAGAUUGUCAAUUCUUUGUCUCCUGGAAAGAAAGUGUGGCUUGGAGAGACAAGCUCAGCAUAUGGCGGCGGCGCAGUGGGUCUCUCUGACACUUUUGUUGCUGGUUUUAUGUGGUUGGAUAAACUGGGUCUGGCGGCUAAGCUGGGGUUGGAUGUGGUCAUGCGGCAGGUUUUAAUUGGCUCUGGGACGUAUCACCUUGUGGAUAAUAAUCUUGAUCCACUUCCGGAUUAUUGGCUGUCGCUUCUGUAUAAGAGACUUGUAGGACCUGAAGUGCUGACAGUGCAGGUUCAGUCAGGUUCAAGAAGUCAAAAGCAGCUCUUACGGGUGUAUCUACAUUGCACCAACAAAGCAAGUUCAUCUUACAGAAAAGGUGCAGUCACUUUAUUCGCCUUAAACCUGAGCAAGAAACAAAUGGUGAUCAAGCUGCCGGAAAUCGUCUCCAACAGCACUGUUGAAGUGUUUGUGCUUCAGGCGGCUGAACCAGGGGAGGACGGCCUCCGUUCCAGGUUUGUGAAGUUGAAUGGUGAUGUGCUGAAGAUGGUGGAUGAAAGGACUCUUCCAACUCUUCGGGGAGCUGAACUUCCUCCUGGAGAACAUCUCCAGCUUCCUGCACUAUCGUUUGCCUUCUGCGUGCUGAAACAAGCUGCUGCUCCAGUCUGCUGAUUAUAUCCUGAAUGUUGUUUCUGGGAGAAUCUUGAAAUUUGCACUAUGAACAUUUAUUUAUUAAAAUACUUCGAGUUUACAUGUUACCUGUGAAUUUUCAGCCUCUUACUGGCUACUUUAACAGGAACACCUGCUCAUACAGUCAGCCAAGUAUGUGGCAUCAGCACAGUGCAUUAAAUCCUGCAGGUUCAGCUAAAAAGCUUCAAUUAAUGUUUACAGCAUACAUCAGAAUGGAGAAUUAUAUAGUACUGUAUGUAUAAUAUAUAUAUAUAUAUAUAAUACAUUUCCAUGCAACUUGUAUGUAUAUAUGUAUUCAGCAUAUUGCUUACUGAGGAAAGGUUGAAAUGUUUCCAAGUCAAAGAACUAUUUUUUUAAUAGUAGUUAAAGUGAAGGUGUUUCCUGGCUCUUUUUGUGGAAUAAUAAUAAUUACAUUUUUUAAUUGUCUUGAUGUAAAUACCAGACCAUAUGGAAUGCUAUUUGCACUUAAAUAAAGCACACAAAAAGGAUAGAUAAAUAAUAUAUAUUACAAAUAUAUUUAGAAAAGUCAUAAUAUUUUUGUUUGUUUAUUUAUUUAUUAUUAUUAUUAUUAUUAUUAUUAUAGUCAUAAUCAUAGGUAACUUAAAAAUGGCAAGAGUAAAAGAGGCCUUAGAUAGUGCUCAUGCUAUGCCAUGCUUCCCUGUGGUGAUGGUGUUCUCUGGGUGAUGAGAGAUAGGCUUAUGAUUUGUGCUUAAAGCCAAGUUUAAUUUAUCUGUCUGUCUGUAUCUAUCUAUCUAUCUAUCUAUCUAUCUAUCUAUCUAUCUAUCUAUCUAUCUAUCUAUCUAUCUAUCUAUCUAUCUAUCUAUCUAUCUAUCUAUCUAUCUAUCUAUCUAUCUGUCUCUAUUUACUACCCAAUUUAGAAGGUUUCACACCAUUUUUAGCUAGCAAUUAUCAAAUAAGUUGCAGUUAAUUAUUGUCAUGGAAUUUUAACAACUCUUUUUUAACAAUUUCUUUCUUUCUUUCUUUCUUUCUUUCUUUCUUUCUUUCUUUCUUUCUUUCUUUCUCUCUCUCUCUCUCUCUCUCUCUCUCUCUCUCUCUCUCUCUCUCUCUCUCUCUCUCUCUCUCUCUUUCUUUCUUUCUUUCUUUCUCUCUCUCUCUCUCUCUCUCUCUCUCUCUCUCUCUCCCUCUCUAAAUCCCAAGUCCAUUUCAGUUCCAUGUUGCAACAAUACAAAAGGUGGAAAAGUUCAAGGUGGUGAAUAAUUAUGAAAUCAAUGUUUAAUAUUUAAAAAAAUUCGGGUGGUAAUAUAAUUAUAUGUACUUUUUAAAAAUGGAUCUUUUAAAGAUAUAAACAAUGUUCAAUAUAAUCAAAUGCGUUUAUUUUAGAACAGAAAAACACACAGCUGACUUUCAUUAGCAGAUGUUACACAGAGUAAACAGCAGCAGGAAAAACAUGUGGCUGUCGUUUCCUCACUCUUCCUGCUGCUCUCCGUGUGUAAUGAUGUAACAGAGGGAUUUGUAAUCCAGGUUUCCUGCCGAGUCGAUGUUGGAGGACUGGAACAUCUGACGCACCUUUUAUUAAACCACAACAUAAGGCGUGUGUAUAGAAAUGACCCAAAGUCAUAAGUAUGUUACAAAUAUUACAGAUAAUCAUG